CAUCCGCCCCCAUUCAAUUCACAGAAGCGCUUCAGGGUGAAAUUGCGCACUGAGCACGCCAUGCUCUCCAUCGGGACCAGAGGAGAAAGACACGCCAAAACCACUGAUCCCGAGCCCGUCCUGUGAUUAUCUUCAGUCAGGUGUACAGGCGGAAACAUGCCUGCAUUCCGUUGUCAGGCAAAGCGUAGAAAGUAAGGAGACACUGCAGAUUUGUUUUUAAUAUUCCCAUGUUCCACAUGAGGGAGGUUAAGAUCGGAGAAAGCAUUUGUGUAUUAGUGUUGCUCUUUUCUGGGCUUGUGACCUGCUCAGGUGUUUUUGGAAGCCCUUUAACAGAUGAUGUCGCCACGUUGGAAACACUGAGUGAAAACAUUCCCAGUGACUACAGAAUACCUAUCUACUUCAUCACCAAGGAUGUGGGUGGAGCUUGCUGGCCAAAUGUGAACCUGUAUCACGUCGAAAGUAGUUUAAAAACACUGGCCCUCAAGUUUGGCAACCUGUCCACCAAUAAAGCAAACAUCACUAUAUUUAUAACAAUGCUGGAGGGUUUUCGUAUUACUCUGGACGAAGAGAAGCUGGAGGUGGCAAUGCAAACAUUCGAGUGCCAUUACAGAAGGGGAAAGUGGCCGACAAGACGUUACUUCAAUCACGUUAAAGAGGUUCUUACAGCGGCUGGAUCCAAGCUUGGCGAUUUUAAUAACUGCACACCUCCUCCUUGCAAGACCCCCCCAGCUCCUGCUUUCACUCCAGGUAAAAGCCGACAGCAGAACGGUAUGAGCGGAGCUAUUCAUGGGCUCCUGGCGCUGCUCAUCAUCCCUAGCAUGGCGCUUCUGGUCCUUACUGUCAAGAUGGUAUUUAGAAAAAGCCACUGUUGUGCGCAAAGAAUGCAUGAAGUCAGCUUGAAUGAGGCCCACGACGGAGCUGAAGAAAGCAGAACCGGGCCCCACGACGGAGCUGCGCGAGGGGACCCUGAUUCCAGCUCUACCAGCCAACAGGACAGGGCGUGGGUGGAUUCUUUAGGGUGUGCAGACACAGAGGUUUAAAUUAAAAAUGCAUGAGAAAGCUCAUUGGAAAUGGCAGUAUUUUUUGGUGGAUCUCCGGUUAUAUGAAGCGGACAAUAAAGGGAAUAUUUUGGCUGUUCCGGGAGGGAUGCAUGAGAUGUUUCUAGACUUACUCAUCAAGCCUUACCUGCUCAUCACAAGAAAAGCAGAAAAGACGAAUCACAACUUGUGUGGAGCUUAACCAAUCAAUGAGAGCCUAUUAUUACGGGAUGCCAUCCUAAAAACUAUGGAAGAAUUUCAUCCGGCAGGAAGCGUGGCUCUUUGAUGAGCACAUUGGUUGGUCUGCUGCGAUGCCCGCGGCAGCUCGAAGGCUUUGAGGAACACUGCUAGUCCUGCAGGCCUCUGCGAGGAGGAUAAAUGGCUUUUUUGUGCCAGAGCCCCGUUGCAUGAGGACGGUGGUUUAUUUUGCACCAGAAAACAUCAUUGGAACAGAGCACAGGCUUGUCUAGAAGCACGUUUGAUUUACAGCGUGGACAACAGUGCCAAGAUUUUUGGUGUUUAAUACUCAUUUAUUAACCAAUACUGAACCUGAUGGGAUCCUCAGAAGAUCCGGUAUCUGAUGUCCGUCGUUUCAUAAACUCUAACACAUUCAAACUUUAAAGUCUUUCUCACUCAGACACACUCUGGCUGGAAAAGCCGAAUGUCUCAGUCCCUAUUGAGAGGGUCUGCAGUCCAGGUCAUCGGUCCGACUGCGUUUUAUUAACUCGCACACUCCAGCGGCGCAACAAGAGCUGAUUGUUUUCGUGACAACAUGGGGAAACCCAGAGAGCAUGAGAAAAGAGCUUGCAUGGUAAAGAUGUAACAUCAACAUGACUCAUGCCCCAUAAUUCAAUCUUACUUGCUAUAGCAUCUCUUGAUCAUUCCGGUGUCUGUUUUCCUGCCCGCAGUAACUCAAUAACAUUGUUUUGAGAUUAAGACCAACUGAGUAGAUUAGAAUUGAUUUUUCACUGUUCAGAUUAGACAGAUCAGUUAAUGUUUAUGCUGCUUCUUUCCGUACAACAAAGUGUUUGAUUGCUUAGGCUGCACUUACUGUUUGAUUUUCAAUAUAAGAAAAUAUAAAGCCAAGUUAUCUUAAAAUAUUAAAAUGCGCUUUUCAAGCAGGACAUUUUCAAAAUUGGUUUCAAAUUGGUUUCAAACUUUAAAGUAAUACAUUAUGUACAGUUUUUAAAAAUGGGUUAUGUUUAUAUAAAAUGCGAUAAACUACAAAGUGUGAACUGUACCAGUACAUAGAAAUUAGAUUAGCUAUUUUUGCAUUUGGUUUGAGAUUAUGUGAGUAAUGCAGUAUUUGUCUUAAGGGUUCAAAUACUUUUGCCAAUUAAAUUUUUUUUUUAAAUCGUAUUUUGAGUAAAUAUAAACUUCCAUUUCUAUGUGUUCUGCACAAAGCUGACCUCUGGCUUUGUAUGGACUGCAAAAAUUGAUUAAUAUUUGGAGCUUGACGGGCCAUUUUCGCAAUAUAAGAGCAGAACAAAUGAGAUUUGAGAGAAAUUUCAAUGUUGAGCUACAUUUUGUUCUGUUUUGUACAAAGCUGCCAUUUGGCUUUAGAACAAUAUGUCCAUCAUAUCCAGUCAUAUGUACUACAUAAAAAAAAAAAAAAAAAAAGUAAGACUUUUUUGUUAUUUUUGGAGCUUGGCAAGCAUUGUCACAGUAUUAAAAGAGCGACAUAAACUUUCUUCGAAACCUCUUAUUUAGCGUUCCGCAGAAAAGUGAGUAAAUGACAUCAUUUUCAUUUUUAGGUAAACUACUCUUUGAAAAUACAGCUUUCUAUGCUAUUUUUGAAUAGGUUUUGUGUCACUGUCCCAGCGCAGACAGUCCUAAAAAUCCCCACUGACUCAUUGUGCAUCACUCUGUCCAGAGCAGAACCAGGUACUGGUAGUGGAAAUCUCAAGCUCCUCUCCAUGUAACUUUCUCAUUGUCUCCAUCAAUGCAUGCGCUGUCAACUGUUGUCGUAAAGCAUGACUGCCAACUCAUAACCGCAUGAGGUCGGUAAUGUCAGCCUGGCUAUCAUCAACCGCAAAGCGGCCGUAACAAAGGGCCCUCUCAUACAGACAGACACGCCGCUCUUUAUGGCCUAUUGAGAGUGUCGUCCAUCAAACUUCAGUCAAAGCCCACUCUUGACUCGCCGACUCAGCUUCCGACACACACACACAGAUACAUUCACACACUAAACGGCCCCCAGUGUCAUUAACAUCAACUCUUGACUCAUAAAGCAGGUCUGAGUGUGCAGCGAUUUACAAAACAACCUCUCGAAUC